AUGUCCCUUGGAAUAUCCGCGAGAACUCCUCGGUCAGCAGUUUGGAUCGCAUAUGAGAAGGCUCGCGAGAAGAAGUCAAAGAAACCCAGGGACAAGGGAAAGCCACUCGCCAACAGCAUAGAGGAACUCAUUCUCCUGAUCAGUUCUCUCUUCACGCCUGAUAUCUACUUGGAGCUCAAGGCUAGCAUUCACAUACUAAGGCGUACGGGUGUCGCGAAUCUCGCUCGAGAUAGGCGUAACGAAUCGGCACAGGGCUAUAGCCUGGCAGGUAUGGCUCCUGAUGGCGAACUACCCAAUACUAUAAGGGCGCUUCAGCAGCGGUGGGACCAUGCACGUCAUCUCACAAGCUUAGGAGAUAGUUGCUGGCAUAAGGUCGAUCUUACGCUAAUCAGAUUGGAGCUCUAUAAUUACUGGAAUCAAGCUCUCAAAAUAUACACUUCUACUUUCGACGAUGACGUGUCUGUAAAGGAUCGAAGAUAUAUGGAACGGUUCGUCGAUCGCGCUUUACCAGGACCGGGACUCCGUACUUGGGUAGUUACGGAGAAGAAAGCAAAGACCAUGUGGGACUAUGCGAUCAGGGUCGGAAGUCACGUUGCGGUAUUCAACCAACUUUGGGGUUUGCCUCCUCUAAUUAAACCGUCCAAGCUUCUCAACAUUGGACUUCCCCUUCUCGAAUUCGCCAUACCCUUCUUGCUAGAACGACAUCCCUCUCUCAUUCAUAUUCAAAAUGUCAUUCAUAAAGACUAUGUCUCACUACUGAGAAAUGGCAUUUCCCUAAAUCCGAGGGCCUUACGCUUUGCCACAACGGCCCCCAAGGAUGCUUUGGCAUUCGGUAACGCCUGCGAUGAGAAUCUUAUAGGCCUGAUUGGCCUUUUUGGAUAUUGUUCUCUCGAGGAAGCUAAGAUCGAGCUAUCACCUGAAUAG